AUAAGUGCUAAGGGGAACCGAACCAAAAAAGGGAAGCUCAAACAUUAAGGAUAGGAAUAGAAUGAGCUCAAAAGGAUUUUUACCAUCAUCUUGUCUGAAAUGCGUGCUAAUAAACCCUAAACCUAGAUGAUGAAGAAAGCUCUGAUCAAAUGUCCUUAAAUCCCUCUGGUCGCCGCAAGUUGCAGCUACAAAAAUCUCGUUCUUCUCUGCUCGUAUCUUCCAAUAAAUAUAAUGGUAGUUUUGUGGUCUAAGUGCUUUCUUUGUUCAAUGAGAUGUUUUUCAAGCCUCUCUUCAACAUUUUCACUGCAAUCUUUAAGAUUUCUACAGUUCGCUCCACUUUCAUCGUCAUCUUCAUUUCCUUCUACACCCUCCCUCAAUGUCGUUUCAGAUUUUUUAACAAAAGAAUGUGGGUUUUCCUCUUCUCAAGUGACAAGAGUCAUGAGAAGAAGACCAGAUCUAUUGAGGAACAAAUCUGAUCACACUGCUAGAGAAGCCAUUCAUCUGUUGAAGGAUUCCGGAUUUACUGACAACCAGCUUAAGAACACCAUUGUUAACGACCCAUCCAUUAUUUUGCUCACUGUGGAUGGGCAGUUGAAGCCCAAGAUGGAAGUCCUGAAAAAUUUGGGCUUGACUCCUGGGAUUAUAUCUCACACCCCGAGAUUGCUUAGCUUUAGCUUAGAAAACACGCUAGGUCCUAGAAUAGCCCAUCUUAGAAACGUAUUUGGCUCAAAUGUCCAUUUGUGCCAGGCUCUCAAAACAGUACCUGAGCUUUUGACGAAUGAUUUCGAGAAGAAGGUGAAACCUAAAAUGGAGUACGUGAAGAAUAAUAUAGGCAUUUUGGAAGGUUCCACAACAUUUUUGCGAGUCCUCAAUGCAGUUCUUGGCCAUAGUUUUGAAACCUUGGAUAAGAAGAUUAAGCAUAUGGCGAGCCUUGGUCUGGCAGAGGAGGAAAUUCUUCCAAUUAUUAAGAGUAACCCUAGAGUAUUGCGUAUUUCAACGAAGAAAGUAAAGGAAAACAUGGAUUUCUUGAUACACACUGCAGGUCUCAUGCCCAGCAUUGUUGCUUCAAGUCCUAUACUAUUGAAUUACAGCGUAGAGAAAAGGCUCAAACCCCGCUAUGAACUCUUCAAAUAUCUGAGGACAAAGCAACAAUCCAAGCGUCUACCCAAUCUGGCUUCUUUUUUAAAAUUAAGUGAGAAAGACUUCCUUAAAAAAUUUGGCCAAUACGAUACUGAAAUCAAGUCUAACGAUCAUACAAUCUCCUAAAGCACGCAUUUUGGAGCAGUGAUGGAAUUUCAAAAUUCUUCAAGGAUUGGACUGGUGUUAAAGGGCCGGGGACUUGUCUAGGCCAAGAUAGGAACCAACCAUGGUUCUCAUUCUCUUUGGUGCAAUCAAAACUUAUAUCGAGUGAUCUUCUAUACUGAAAGGGUGUUUCAAAGUUAUGAUUGUAGGAUGACUUACCAUGUUUGGGGUAGAAUUUGUUUGUAGAUAAUUACAAACAUGUGAGCUAAGCCAUCCAUCUUCUUAUGUACCUUCAUAUUCAUGUUCAAGUCUGCAAUGGCUAUGGUUAUUUGCUAUCACAGUUUUCUAUUUUUGUAUUUGAAGGGCUUUUUAAAUUAAAAAAAACUUCUAAAAUGUUUGUAACUUAUACAAUGAAUGUAUUGAUUUUUGAUGAAUGUUUAAUAAAUUGUUAGUGAUAAU